AAUUGUGGAAAAGAAAGUUUUAGAGAGGCGGUGGAUUUUUCGUCACGAAUAUUUGCAAGAUUUAUCGAGUUAAUAUCAUUAGGGUUCAAGGGCGCAGGUAAAGGAAGCACUUCAUAAAUAUUUAAUGCUAUUUAAAACAAUAAUCUAGAAAUAAACGUCUAGUUUCCGAAUGAGUCACGGCCUCAAUAAUUAACGGAAAAAGAUUGGAAUUGAAGUGAAUAUUCAUAGAAUCUAAGUUGAGAUCAUCAAGAUGGCUGUACCGGAAGUACCUCGCACAGAAUUGCAAGAAUUGCAACUGAAAUCUGCACAGGUGGCAGACGAAUCCCUUGAAAGCACUCGGCGGAUGCUUAACCUUAUGGAAGAAAGUAAGGAAGCUGGUAUUCGCACACUUGUAGCAUUAGACGACCAAGGGGAACAGCUUGAUCGAAUCGAAGAAGGUAUGGAUCGUAUCAAUGCGGAUAUGAGGGAAGCUGAAAAGAAUUUAAGUGGAAUGGAAAAAUGUUGUGGUUUGUGCGUUGUGCCAUGGAAGAAGGUGGCAAUUAAAGACGACGGUGAUCAUGCAUGGAAAGCGAAUGAAGACGGAAAAAUUGUCAAUAGCCAACCACAAAGAGUUGUAGACGAGCGCGAUAGAAUGGGUGGUGCACUACCUCAGAGUGGAUACAUUCCACGUAUUACUAAUGAUGCCAGAGAAGAUGAAAUGGAUGAAAACAUUGGGCAGGUUAACUCAAUGUUAGGUAAUUUACGAAAUAUGGCAUUGGAUAUGGGAUCAGAAUUAGAAAAUCAAAACAAACAAGUUGAUCGUAUUAAUGCCAAGGGUGAUGCUAAUAAUGUUCGCAUGGACGGUGUUAACAAACGCGCAAAUAAUUUGCUCAAAAGUUAAAUAACUUAAGACCAGUAAUAAAAUAAAAGUUAGGUAUCGUCAAAGGAUAUUCAAAAAUAGUCACAAAACAGCACAACUUUAAAAUGACAUACCAGCUUCGAAGCAUUUUUACAAUUUAGACAUGGGAAGUAAUUAUAUACAAAAUAUAUACAUAUACAAAAUAUACACUAAUAUGCUGAAAAUGAGAAUGACUAAUAUACUAAUAUACAAAUGCUGAACUAACUACCCACCACCUAAGUAACUACUUACAUUAUACACUUAUACAAGACGUUUAUUAAGAUGCGGAUAUGGGAACAGCCUUGACGCAUCUGUAUAUACAAACGUACAUUAAUAUAUAUACACUUUUCACAUGAAAUUUAAAUGUUAUUCUAAACAUAGUACAUUUUUGUAUAAACUUUUGAGAGAUUUCAAUUAUCACAGUACCAAUUUUAGAAGGAAUUAUUCCUUUUGCAAAAAAAAAAUUUAUAUAAAAAUAUUGGAGAUUAUACACUUCGUAUUGCAGUAGAUUUUUUAGACCAAUGCAAGUACACAAUUUUAUACACUUAUACAAACUUAAAACUACAAUUGCGUGCAAAAAAGGUAAUAUACUUUAAAUGGAACUAUUGAUUUGAAUAAAAAAAAGCUUCCCCUGCUCGAGAGUCUACUAUUUUGUGUAACGCGUCAAAUUGGCAAUUUGAAAUAUUAUAUAUAUUUAUAUAUGUAUAUAGGCAUAUGUAAUGAAAUACUUUGCCUUUUACAUUGUAGGUAGUAAGUCGUCGUCUUCAUAUAUUAAUUAAAUGUAUUUAAUCUGUAUUCGAAAUCCUUAGAAAACAUUGUUCUUGUUAAUUUAUUAUAUAAAUAAAUACCGCGUAGAUUAUUUAAA